AUGGAUGGAAAUGAUAAAUUUGAAGUACUUAAUAUUGAUAAUAAAUUAAAGGAUGAUAUGGUUGAAUUUAUAAAAGCAAACAAAUCUUUAGUACAAGAGCAAGCAAAUGCUUCUUUUAUACAAUCUCAUACACAAGCAUAUUAUACAAGUCGUAAACUUACUGAAAUCUUAGUUCAAGAAAAGUCUGAUUGUUUUGAAUGUAUAGUUAAAAUUUAAUAAUUCUGUUAUUUAUUCUUUAUUUGUU